AUUUAACGCCCCUCUUAUUGAUGCUGCAUAAGCACACCAACAUCCAUGUGCUUCAAAAUCUUUUCUCAAGGAGCGGCGACGUCUGAUCGUACCAUAGAUACUCAGAUUUCUUUGGAAAUUAUUCGCGAUUGUGGGAUUCGAUUGCUUGGACGAUGGGGGAAAAUUUAGUCUUCUCAGUUCGUGGAAACACUGGAUUUUCGUUGAAACGUGGCCUUGGGAAUGAUUCAGUUACCCUGUUUGAGGACAACCAGACGCCAAAGGAAAAUCCUUGUUCUGUUUUCCAGUAUAGUAACGAUGGCCGUAUAUUCGCCUAUUGCGACACUAAAAAAACGAGGGCGUUUCAAGUUGCGGAUGGUAAAGAUUUGAUCAACCUUGAUUUGAAAAGGACUAAACAUAUACUGUUUUCACCGCGUGAUACACACAUGAUCACGUUUGAACCAUAUGCUAUCUAUGGGCAGAAGGCCUCAGCAGAUCAAAAACCUGACCCAAAUAUGAGGAUUUAUAACCUUACUGAGGGAAAGCAUGUGACAACGAUGAUUGCAACGAGAGAGGCAACAUGGACUCCGCAAUUCACUGAUGAUGAAAGCAUAUUCGUUAGGCUUGUGGGAAGCGAACUUUUGAUCCAUGCUGGCUCUCAAUUUGAUAAAUAUGACCGAAAGCUCGUAGUUCCGAAUAUCAGCGUUUUCGCCGUGAGCUCGGGACAUGCUCCACAUCAUGUAGCGUGCUAUACCCCUGCAGCUGGAUCAACACCUGGACGCGUGCAGGUACGGAGUCUUGAUUCUCCUUUUGCUGUUGUUGCAGCAAAGAAUUUCUUCAAGUCGGAGAAAGCUACCCUCCUCUGGAACUGUAAAGGAAGCGCCGUACUGGUACUAUCUAGCACUGAGGUAGAUGCUUCUAACCAAUCAUAUUAUGGUGAACAACAUAUAUAUCUUCUGAACUUGACUACACAAGAAUCAUUUCAAGUAAAUGUACGUAAGAAGGGUCCCGUACAUACAGCAAAGUGGAGCCCUACUGGGAAGGAGUUUUGUGUUUGCUACGGAUACAUGCCCGCUAUGCUGAGUCUGUACAAUUUGAGAGGAGAUGAAACGUUCCAUGUCGACGAGGGACCGCGCAAUGAUGCUUUUUAUAACAAUUUCGGAAAUAUCUUGUUGACUUGCGGAUUUGGCAAUCUCGGGAAGGGGAAGAUGGAGUUCUGGGAUGUGGAGAAGAAGAAACAAAUUGUUGCUAUUGAAGUUCCAAAUACGACAAUAUUUGAGUGGGCUCCCGAUGGUCAACACUUUGUUACAGCUACCACAACGCCUCGCCUUCGCAUUGAUAACGGAUAUAGGUUUUGGCAUUAUUCUGGAAAGUUACUGAAGGAGGUGUUGUACGAUUCACCAAAUGAGGAACUGUGGGAGGUGAAAUUUCGACCGAUGACGGGUUACAACAAAUUUGAAGUCAAGGAUUUGACUCCUGCAGAGAUAAAGUCAGCUGGAUUGCUCGACAAAAAGACCGCAGGUGAAUCGGGUCAGAAGGUGACAGUUGGGAUCGCAAAGCCAGGGGUUGCCUACGUCCCUCCCCAUCUUCGAAAAAGGAAAAGCCUCAAGGCACCUACUCUUUUCUGGUCUUCGUCAUUCAUGGAAUUGAUGAGAAACAACGUUGAGGUGAAAUUUCGACCGAUGACGGGUUACAACAAAUUUGAAGUCAAGGAUUUGACUCCUGCAGAGAUAAAGUCAGCUGGAUUGCUCGACAAAAAGACCGCAGGUGAAUCGGGUCAGAAGGUGACAGUUGGGAUCGCAAAGCCAGGGGUUGCCUACGUCCCUCCCCAUCUUCGAAAAAAUCGCACGGGGGGCUCCAAAGCCGCAUCCAAGAACGGACAGACAGCAGAUUCCAAUGCAGAAGCAGCACCUAGAAUGACUGAAAAUGAGAAGAAGAUAUUCGGUAUAAAAAAGAAGCUGAAAGACGUCAGUGUACUGAAGGCACGACUUGCCAACGGCGAGGAACUGCAGGCGAAUCAGUUAGAAAAAAUCGCAAAGGAGUCAGAGUUCCUUGCUCUCUUGGAGAGUUUAGCUCUUGACAUUGUUAUUGAUGAUUAG